GAAAAUAAUGAUAAAGCGGGGCGGCGAUUUUAGUUUUUCGUCGACGAUUCGUGGUGCUUGUGGUUUACACAAAACCACGACGCAUUACAGCCACAAGGCUCCUUGCCUCCUCUCUUAACGAGAAUUAACCUCUGUACCAGAAGCGAGACAGAGAUACAGAGAGAGAUGAGAUUCCAAAAAACGGUAGCGUCUGGGUUUCCCCAGAUAAAAAACAAAGCAGCGCCAUUUCUGUUUCAAUAUCAGGCCUCGCGUUCCUUCUCCUCACAGCUCCAGUCAGGGCAGAAACGACGGUCCUCUUUUGGAAUCGCCUUUGAUAUCGAUGGCGUUAUUCUUCGAGGUAAAGAUCCCACCGGCGGCUCUCCUCAAGCUCUGCGUAGAUUAUACGGAGAUUCUGGAAACUUGAACGUUCCCUUUUUGUUCCUGACAAAUGGAGGUGGCAUUCCGGAAUCGAGGAGAGCUAGUGAGUUAAGCGAACUGCUUGGAGUAAAGAUUUUACCUUCUCAGGUUUUACAGGGCCACUCACCUUUUAAAAGUUUCAUGGAAAGAUACGAGAAUCAACUCAUUGUUGCCACUGGAAAAGGAGAACCUGCUGUAGUAAUGUCUGAGUAUGGUUUCAAAAAAGUUGUAUCCUUAGACGAGUAUGCAUCCUGUUUUGAAAACAUUGAUCCUCUGGCUCAAUACAAAAAGUGGACAACUAAGCAGGGGUUGGAUAGGAGCAGUCUCACCCUGAAUACAGUGCCGAGAUAUGACGUUUCUUCUGAAACAGUUAAGGCGGUAUUUGUUGUUAGUGAUCCUGUAGAUUGGGGCAGGGACAUUCAGGUUCUCUGUGAUGUUUUAAGAUGUGGAGGUCUUCCUGGACAGGAGAAUGGGCAUCAGCCCCAGCCUCCUCUAUAUUUUGCCGCUGAUGAUCUCGAAUACCAGGCUGCGUUUCCUUCUAAUCGACUUGGAAUGGGUGCUUUCAGAAUUGCUCUGGAGAGUGUCUUCAACAGAAUUCAUUAUAAUCCACUGGAGUAUGUUUGUUUUGGGAAGCCUGAUCCAUUUGUAUUUAAGAAUGCCGAAGCUAUGUUGAAGCAACUUCAGCCAUCUUAUCAUAGUGAUAAUUUUAAGGAACCUGGAGAUUCUGGGUUACGGUCAUUCAAAACUCUCUAUAUGAUUGGUGACAAUCCUUCAGUUGACGUUAAAGGUGCACAACAGGCAGGACAUCCUUGGUUUUCUAUCCUAACAAGGACAGGUGUUUUCCGCGGGAAACAUAACCAUGCAGAGUUUCCUGCAGAUCUGGUUAUUGAUACUGUUGAAGAGGCAGUGGACUAUAUUCUUGAAAGGGAGUGUAUUUCAUAGACGUUCUGUGACGCAACCUGCUCCAUUUUUCCUUCAGAAUCAAUCCAUUCAAAACCUUUAUUUUAGAAAUCAAUAAAAGAAAGUUUUGAAGCUAUUUUCUACAUAUAAAAAAAAGUUUUAAGCCUGAGAUUCGCCGAAAUCAGCAUCUGAUUCCUGAUGCCAUGGCUCUCUGCUUGGCGUGCUGUCGCAACUAUGUGAAUGAUCUGGAAAAUACUAUGACCAUUUCAAAGAGAAACGAUAUAUUUGUCGCA